AUGUGGCUGAUUGGACCACCUUCCCAGAGGAGGAAGAGGAUGAUGACAAUGAUGAUGAUGGACGAGCGACUGGAGACACCCUCGGCGCGCGCACUCGUCACCCACCCGGGCAGGGUGCACAGCAUCGAGGCCAUCCUGGGCUUCAAGGAGGACCUCCUGUUCCAUAAAUCGGCCGAUUGCAGCCCGGCAGAUAAAGUUGGGGGCAAACACGCGGAGGGGCGCAACGUUCAAGUCAAUCAGAAAAGUCUAUUCAUGGAAAGUUUGGACGGUACUGCGGGUGCCGAUUUGGGUGACGCGCCAUGUCCCGAUUCCCCAGAACGGGAGAGCUGCAAGUUAUCGGACGACGAGAACCCCAAGAAGAAGCAUCGCCGGAAUCGGACCACUUUCACCACUUUCCAGCUGCACGAACUCGAGCGAGCCUUUGAAAAGUCGCACUACCCGGACGUGUACAGUCGAGAGGAGCUGGCCCUCAAAGUCAACCUGCCAGAAGUCCGAGUUCAGGUUUGGUUCCAGAACCGCAGGGCCAAGUGGCGUCGUCAGGAAAAGCUUGAAGUGAGCUCCAUCAAGCUUCAGGAAACCACCGCCGCCUCCUCCUUGCUGUCCUUCGGCCGCCCAGCCGCCACGGGGCUGCAGCUGGACCCCUGGUUCACCACCCCCGUUGGGGCCUCCGCCACCCUUCAGUCGCUCCCAGGGUUCAUGGGCGGCGGCGCCUUCUCCGCCUCGCCUCCUCCUUCCGUGCCAUCAUCCUUCCUCAACGCACCUGCCCUUGGGCACCCCCCUCACCUGCCCCGGAUGGGCUCCAUGUGCCCCGCGCAGUUGUCUGCUUACCAGUGCUCAUCCGACCCGAGAAACUCCAGCAUUGCCUCGUUGAGGAUGAAAGCCAAAGAACACAUUCAGUCUAUCGGCAAAACGUGGUGA